AUGGCUGAAAAUAUGAAAGUUAAGUAUGAUAAAUAUUGGGGUAAGGUUGAAAAAAUGAAUAUGUUGAUCUUUGUUGAUGUUGUGCUUGAUCCUCGACAUAAGAUGCAGUUUGUUAGGUGGGGAUUGAACAGGGCAUAUACAAAUGAUGUUGUUGUAUCUUUGUACAAAAAAACAGAGGAGACAUUAAAUAAAAUAUUUGAGAGUUAUAGGCUUUUCCUUGGUAACGGUCAAACUGAAAAUCUUACACAUUCCACUCAAGAAGUGGAAUUGGUAGAACUUAAAGCACCAGAGGAUGCAUUUGCUUUAGAGGUUGAGAUGGACAUGAAUCUUAAUGAGAGCAUGCAGAAAAAUGAAUUGGAUUUGUAUCUCAUGGAGAAUUUGGAGAAGAAGGGUCCUGGUUUUGAUAUCUUGAACUGGUGGAAGGUGAAUUCUAACAAAUAUCCUAUUCUUGGUCAAAUGGCUAGAGAUAUAUUGGCCAUGCCUGUGUCUACUGUAGCUUCAGAGUCCGCUUUCUCUACCGGAGGAAGAGUGCUUACUUGUUAUAGAAGCUAUCUUACGCCAAAAACAGUUGAAGCUUUAAUCUAUACACAAAAUUGGUGUAAAUCUUCCCCGGUGUCAGUGGAUAUUGAAGAGCUUGUGGAUGAGUUAGAAAAUUUGGAAUUAGAACUUGCUUCAAUCCCUCAAUUGAAUGAAGGUGUAUCUGAUAUAGACUCUGAUUAG